GUUACAGAUUGCAGCACAAUGAACUGCCUAGGGGCGUGUAUUGUCAGAGAUCAACACUCCUACUGUCUCUGCCCUGACAGCGUGAAAGAUAAAGUUGGUAUCUUUGAAGACUCAGCACUCUUCAUAACACAGAGGUGUACUGGUCAGUGUAAGCUGUCUGACCCUGGAGCCAAGGUGUCCUUAGAGGCUGUGUGUUAUCACUGUGACCCUAUGGACUACCUAUGGGACCUCAACCCAGUGAACACCACAGUGCAGGGACUGGACUGGAGCCAGGACACCACCACUGAUAGAACAGAGAGAGGACUGAGUGUUAAACCAGGUGUUCUUGCACCUGGGGAGCUCUACCAGGUCACAACUAACGGUACAAGUCAGUCUGCUGGUACAGUGCUGUCUACAUCAUGUUUCAUACAAAUGGGGACCAGCCCUAGUCCAGGAAUAUGCACAGUUUCUCCUUCCACUGGCUUUGAGAUUGUCACCAAUUUCUCAGUGAAUUGCUCUGGGUUCAGUGACAGCACUAGUCAACUCCACUAUAACUACCAUUUUUGGGAUGGAGAUCCUGCUACCAAGAAUCAAUCAGGUAUGCUGUUAGGCAGCAGUUCUGAUGGUUAUAUCCACAUCUCUGCCCUGUCAGUGUCCCCAGCCAGUGAAAACAGUCAGGGAGAGGUCCGUGUGCAUGCUGUCAAUGACAAUGGUAUGAGGACAGUGGUGACUUCCACUGUCCAGGUCCAUCCAUUAGGUGACCAUCCUGAUUUUGCGUCUGGUGGUGUUGGUACCUUUCUGGAGGAGACAACAGGGGAUCGGAACGGCAGCUUGUGGACUGCUGUGAGGGAAAGUGAUCACACAGCUGUUCUACAACUGGUUGAUGCUGUGACUUUCUUGUUGAAUUCUGGGACAGAAAAAUUACCUAACACAGAAAGGCGGGAACAGAUACGGAGUGAUAUGAUGGAGGCAGUGGGAAAUUUAACUAUUGACAGCCUAUCUACUGCCCAGCAAGCAGCAGAGACAUUGACCAAACUCACAGAACACACCACAGAGAUUACUGCAGACUCACAGACUUCAGGCAUGAACACAGUGGAGAGGUUAUCCCAGGUGUUGAGCAGUGAACAGAGGAAUGCAACUUUUACUGAAGUGGAGGACACUGCCACUUUGAUUCUUCAAUCCACCUCCAAUCUGUUGAAUGCCACCAUGGAGGAGUCGAGAGAAGUGAAUAUCACCAGCAUGACUCAAUCUGAAGAGGCCAUAGUGCAGAAGACCAGAUACAUAGCAAAUAAAGCACUGAGUGUCAUCAGCACUAUCUCAGACACUGUGCUGGCAAAGAAGGUACCAGGAGAAGAACCCACUGUUAUAGCCACCAAGACUUUGAGUGUCAAGUGUCAAAAAUUGGGCCUGGACGCAAUGAGUAUUUCCCACCAACUGCAAGUGCCCCAGCUCAUUUCAGCAGAAGGGGGGAGUGAUGAGACACCACCGUGUAUGGUCGGCAGCUUUGCUUUACCUCCUGUUCAAAAUAUGCUUAGUGAUGGUCAUGAGAGUAUGUCUGCUGCAGUUAAUUUGCAGAUAUUCUACAUGCCGGAGAAUCCAUUCACCUGGGAUGUUUCAGCUCAAGAUGUCACCUCCGGCUGCUCUGGUAUUGAAAUGACUAUAGAUGGCGCUAGGUCCCAGCUCAACUGGCUACCAGUACCAAUGGAUAUUUACAUCCCUGUUGGAAAGGCUGACAUGAACUGUGGUAUCACCACCCUCCAACUUGAAGGAGGGACUAACGGGACCAUGGAGGACGUCAUUUACUUCAAGUUUGAUGCUGAGACCAACAAAUCACAUCAGAUCACCAUCUGGCCAGUAGACAAUAAUACCACCCUGCAAGUUUACCUGAAAGCCAAUGCCAGGCCUAGCAAGGAAGAGAUUUUAAACAGCACUACACUUAUCCCUGUUCCCGAAGAGAUGCGUUAUCAUCAUGGCAACCAAAGUGCCAGUGGCUAUGCUCUGUUUGUCCCAGAAAAUGAAACCACUGAAGCAGACACUGUAUAUUACAUUGGGAUCACUUUAUUAAAUACCAGUGAUUUUGAGAACAGGCACAUAGAUGUUAAUGAGAAUGUCCAACUUCUGGUCACAGUCCAUUCCAGUGCCUGUUUGUUCUGGGAUGAGCAGAAAGAAAUCUGGAGUAGUGAAGGUUGUAAGGUUUCUCCCCUCAGCACAGCUGUUACUUUACACUGUAUCUGUCAUCACAUGACUGUGUUUUCUGGCAGUUUCUUUAUUCUGCCUAAUGCUAUUGACAUUGUGGCAGACUCUGCUCUGUUCUUGACUUUACUUGAGAACCCACUGGUGGUGAGCAUUGUGCUGUGUGUAUGGGGCAUCUACCUGGCAGUUGUUAUCUGGGCACGCAAGAAGGACAGGGAAGACCUUCUUAAGGCUGGAGUGACAGUGUUAGAAGACAAUGAUCCAGAGAAUAAGUAUGGCUACCUUGUGACAGUUAUCACUGGCUGGAGGACAGGGGGUGAAAAUGGUGAAAGUGACCGUCAUGUCCUGAGUGACCCCAGACGUCCAGUAUUUGAGAGCGGUGGCGUGGACAGUUUCCUACUGACCUGUGCCCAGUGCCUGGGUGACCUCCUCUCUUUCACCAUCUGGCACGACAACUCUGGAGCUGCUCCUGCCUGGUUUCUGGAGAAAUUGAUGGUCAGGGACUUGCAGAGAAAUGAGGUCUGUGAGUUCUUGUGUAACCGCUGGCUUGCUCUGGACCUGGAUGACUUCUGCAUCCAGCGCACCCUGCGCCCUGCCUCAGUGGAGGAGAUGAAGGAGUUCUCGUACCUGUUCUCCAGUAACAGUGGCUUCAGCAUGAGGGAGAAACAUCUGUGGGUCAGUGUGUUCUCUUGUCCACCAAACUGUCCCUUCACAAGGACACAGAGACUGACCUGUGCUCUGACUCUUCUACUGACCACCAUGCUGACCAAUAUCAUGUUUUAUGGCAUCCCAACUGAUGACCCAGAAGAUCAGUACCAAGUAGCAGAUUUCCAGUUUUCUCUAUCUGACAUAAUAAUUGGUAUUGAGAGUGGGCUGCUGAUGUUCCCAGUGAACCUGGUCAUAGUGCAGCUAUUCAGAAUGUGUGCUCCAAGACCUGUUAGUACACAUAAGGAAGACAUCAUGCCCAGAACUUCCAUGGAACAAAGAGAUUCGGCUCAGAUGUCAGUGCUAGGAGCAGAUGUUAACCAUUCACGGAGCAGAAAUAGCAGUAGGGUCUCAGGGAAUUUGAUUGGUGAUGGUGAUGUAGAUAAAGUACCAAAUGCAACCUCUAACAGUGCAAAUAAAAGUAAUUUAAAUACUGAUGACCAGGCUGUUACAGAUAGAAACAUUGCACUCUUUAUUGAAAAUGAAAGUGAGAACAAUUCCUGGCCUUACACUUUGGGUGUGGCCGUCCUUGCUGGAGGAGAAGUGACGGGUCAGGUGUCCACUGACCAGUCUCUGGACAUGGGUGGACAUUUUACCAGGGGUAAGAAAGAAAUCCAGACUGUGGAGAACAGCGCUGGUGGAUCAGGUGCUGGUGUCAGGCCAUCUGACCUUAAUUUCACCCUUGACCUUGACUUACUUCAUGGAGAAAGCCCUGACAUACCAUUGAUACAUAUGGACGAUUCAAAUGAAGUUUCUGUGAUUACAUUGGAGGAGGAAAAGAAUACACCUUUCAGACUUCCAUGGUGGUGUAUCUACAUAGCCUGGGUGGUGGCAGUGUUAACCUGUCUGGUCUGUUCUUACUACACCAUGUUGUACGGACUCAAGUACGGACACAAGAAAAGUGUGCAGUGGGUGGUUGCCUUCUUUACAGGGUUCUUCCAAAGUGUGUGCAUUACACAGCCAAUUAAGGUCAUCCUGAUUGCAUUGUUGGUGAGCUUGAUCCUGAAGAAAACAGUGGCAAUAAAUGAGGGGAAGAAGGAUAUACCGCUGACUGAAGAUGAAAAAUACCUAAAGGAUGAGAACAUAGCUCAUUAUCGAAAGAAUCUUCAACAAAAGCGUGCUCAGCACGUGUACAAGCCUCUACCAGAGCCUGUGGUAGAACACAUGCGCGGCAUACGGAUGAAAGAGAGGAGGAUGUAUCAAAUACUUGUAGAGCUGGCGCUCUACGUGACCUUCACCUUGGCCCUGGUAUUUGUGACAUAUGGCCACCGAGACCCUAUGGCAUUCUAUGUGACAAAGUCUACAGAAGAUGUGUUUAUCACAGUGGAGUAUGCAGAUGGUCCAGCCUUUGAAGAGGUCAGUGAUGUUGAUUCUAUGUGGGAGUACCUAGAGGAGACAUUUGUACCUUCCCUGUUCACCUCUACCUGGUACAAUGGUGACAGUGUGACAGAGAGUGACACCCUGACAGCUGACAUGGUGUCACUCCAUGUAGGGGCAGCCAGACUCAGACAGCUGAGAGUGAAAGAUGUCUGUGAUGUGCCCCCCACCUUCCAGUCCAUGAUCCACUCCUGUACAGUGAGAUAUGAAUGGGGCACUGAUGACAGCAGGGACUAUAACACCUCAUGGACACCCCUGGUCAACAGAACUGACCACCCCACUGACCAGUGGACAUACCAGUCUGCUUUCAAGCUGAGGUCACUUCCAUUUGCUGGAAAACAUGGCACUUACAAUGGUGGAGGAUAUGUGAAACUCCUUGGUGACACCAGAAAUAAAAGCCUGUCAGUUCUUACAGACCUACAGGAGUUCAAGUGGAUAGACCAGAGGACACGUGCCAUGUUCCUGGAGUUUACCCUGUAUAACCCCCAGGUUAACUUGUUCAGUGUGGCACAGUUACUAUUUGAGUUCCACCCCACUGGGGCCAUCUUCCCUUUCUAUCAAAUCUUUACAUGUAAAUUUUACCAAUAUGGGAAUGGGUUGGAAAUCUUUGUCGCAGUUUGUGAAGUUAUGUUCAUCCUGUUUAUACUGACAUCCACAUACAGAGAGUUCAGCAAAUUCAGAAAUACUGGUUCUAAGGAAUACUUCUCAGAUCCUUGGAGUUACAUAGAGGUGGCAAUUGUCUGCCUGGGAUACUCAGCCAUUGGUCUGUUUUUUCAACGUUUAGUCAUAGUGAACUUCACCAUUGCCAAUUUCCAUGAACAUGGCAGAGAGGAAUUUGUGAACUUUUUUCCAGCAGCAUUCUGGGACUACAUCCUGGGCUACACCUUGGCAGCCAUGCUGGUGCUGACAGUGCUUAAGUUUUUCAAGCUGCUACGGUUUAAUGUCCGCAUGAACAUGUUGUCUGCCACUUUGAAGAAAUCUUGGAAGCCUACACUACAUUUCUAUCUAGUUCUAGCUUUCCUCAUGAUGGCCUAUUCCUUCUUUGGGCAAUGUGCUUUCGGUCACUACAUCGAAAAAUUUAAGUCCUUAAUAGACACAUUACAGACAUUGUUCACUCUGAUCAUGGGAGGAUUUGAGUUUGCAAUUCUGGGAGACUCAAACCGUGUCAUUGGUAUUGUGUUUCUGAUAACCUUUGCAAUGAUAGUCCAGGUGUCGCUGAUCAAUAUGUUCAUUGCCAUUAUCGACGAGUCAUUCAGAUAUGUUCUGAAGGCCACCAAGGAGACGUCAAAUGAGCUGGAGAUGGUGGACUUUAUGUGGACAAGAUUACUGGUGAUUCUUGGUCUCCACACAGGGGCAGGGGUCACCAUUCCUUCCAGUAUUGAUUUGGAGACACUGCAACAAGAGGCUCAGGGUGAAGUUGGUUCAAAUACAAACAGCUGA